GUCACAGGGACUACAGGGAAGUUUUGUUGGAAGUUGCAAAGUCCUGGAGCCUCCAGAGGGCUGUCGGCGCAGUAGCAGCGAGCAGCAGCGUCCACGCGCUCCGGCUAGGGGCAGAAGAGCUCGGGGGAGCGCGGGGCGCAGAAGCUAGAGACGAGCGCGGACCGAACCCCCGAGCCACCGCCCGCCCCAGGCAGACCAGCAGAGCCCCAGUCAUGGCGCACCAGCUCCUGUGCUGCGAAGUGGAGACCAUCCGCCGGGCGUACCCGGAUGCCAACCUUCUCAACGACCGGGUGCUGCGGGCCAUGCUCCAGGCGGAGGAGACCUGCGCGCCCUCCGUGUCCUACUUCAAGUGUGUGCAAAAGGAAAUCGUGCCGUCCAUGCGCAAGAUCGUGGCCACCUGGAUGCUGGAGGUCUGCGAGGAGCAGAAGUGCGAGGAGGAGGUCUUCCCGCUGGCCAUGAACUACCUGGACCGCAUCCUGUCGCUGGAGCCCAUGAAGAAGAGCCGCCUGCAGCUGUUGGGGGCCACCUGCAUGUUCGUGGCCUCCAAGAUGAAGGAGACCAUCCCCCUGACCGCGGAGAAGUUGUGCAUCUACACUGACAACUCCAUCCGGCCCGAUGAGCUGCUGCAAAUGGAGCUGCUGCUGGUGAACAAGCUCAAGUGGAACCUGGCCGCCACCACCCCGCACGACUUCAUCGAGCACUUCCUCUCCAAGAUGCCGGUGACCGAGGAGAACAGACAGAUCAUCCGCAAGCACGCGCAGACCUUCGUGGCCCUCUGCGCCACAGACGUGAAGUUCAUUUCCAACCCACCCUCCAUGGUGGCUGCUGGGAGCGUGGUGUCCGCGGUGCAAGGCCUGCACCUGGGAAGCUGCGGCAGCUUCCUGUCCUAUCACCGCCUCACUCGAUUCCUCUCCAAAAUGAUCAGGUGUGACCCGGACUGCCUCCGGGCCUGCCAGGAGCAGAUCGAAGCACUGCUGGAGGCCAGCCUGCGCCAGGCCCAGCAGCAGAGCCUGGACCCCAAGGCUGCCGAGGAGGAGGAGGAGGAGGAAGAGGAGGUGGACCUGGCCUGCACGCCCACCGACGUGCGCGACGUGGACAUUUGAGGGUGCUCGCGGCGAGGGGAGGGGCAGCCCCAGGUGCCGCCCUGACGGGCCUCGGCCGGAAGGGGAGGCCUCCUUCUCCUCCUGUUGGUUUUUUUUUUUUUCUUUGCUCUUUCUCCCUUCCGUCUCUGACUUAAGUGAAAGGCAAAAAAAAAAAAAAGUACCCCCAAAACUGCCUUUAAAAAAAAACACAAAAAAAUAGUCUUUGCAUAACCCUGCGCGGGGGGAGGGGGGCGGGGGGAGGGGGUGCUACCCAAGCAGAGGACCACGCACCCACAGUUGGCCGGCUUUCCUGUUGCGAGUGCGUGCGUCUGCUGCGUGCAGGUGGGCGUUGACACCAGGAGGGUCCGCAGGGGGGCUUAGAUCUCAUUCUCUGUGUGUUUAAAGCAUAAAAACGUUCUUAAAGGAUA